AUGGCGAUGAGGUUAAGCCACCAAACCCUUUGGCCUGUUAGAGCUUGCUCCAUGUGUGACCCCUGCAUCUGCUCAACUGGAGGAACUUUAGGGCAAUUUGCUUCAAAGCUUCAGGUCCCUCCUCCAAAGCUUAUGGGUUUUCCUGCUUCCGAAGACUUGCCCAGUAUGAUAGGAAUGAACAUAAUAGGAGAUUUGGUUAUUUUCUUCUCAAAGCACACAUUGUUUCCAGCUCUCAACAGGGCCCAACAUAUAGAAGCAUUGAGCAACAUGGAAUUCUUUUCCAGUUGGAGUCCAUCUAAAUGGCAACACAAGACAUUAAUACCACUCAAUGCUAUCAACUCAAGGAGCCUUGAGAUUAUGUGUGAGGCCAUUGGGCAAGAUGGACUGGAUAUAGACCUCCAAGCUACCAUGAGGCGAGGGUGCCAUUGCUUGGAAAGCCUACACACUCAUAAGGAUGCUCUGAAAUUCCUAUUUGUAAGUGAUGACUGGACUAAGUCCAAAUUGGCAAGAACAAUUCAUACUAAGAAAAGAAACAGGUUAGAGCAUAAAAGGCUUAAUGAUUUGGUCUAUGUUCAGUACAACCGAAAGAUGGCAGUGAGGUUUCAAAAGCGACAUGAGAAAGGAGCAGGCAGCUUUGAUCCUUUGUGUUUGGAAGACUUUGAUUGGAAUAAUGAAUGGGUUGAUGUGGAUGCGGAACCAGUUCAUAAUGGCCGUGGACUUGAAAUUACAUGGGAUCAAGUUGAUGAGGCUGUUGGUGCAUCCCAAAUGUAUCGUGGUCGUAAUUUCCCUAGGGCAGCCCGCGACGAUGAAACUAAUAUUGAUAGAACUUAUACUCGUAGGCGGUCUGCAGCAGCUACUGCCCCAAUUAGGAGGACUUAUGAACCACAGGAGGAUGAAGACAUGGAAGAUGAUAACUCUGAUGAAGAAUAUCUGGUUGAUGAUGUGGAAGUUGAUGACUAUGGUGAAAUUGCACCUAUUGUUGCUGACGAAAGUGAUCAAGCUGCUGCUGGUGGUGGCAAUUCAUAUCCUUUUGUGAUGGAGGAUGACUUCUAUUGA